GUUCUAUCAAUGAACGUUUCUUUUCUUCAUCUCUUCUCUUUAUCACGCUUUCGCAUUUGCCGGCGUAAACACAUUAAACGUCACGUGGUGCUGAAACGGUUUGACACUUCGUUCCGCGCUCAUUGAAUCGGCUCAGUAUUAGUCGUGUUUGUGAUACGUCGCUAGAAUAAUUGCCGCGUGUUUAUUGUGCAUUGCACACAUUGUGUUUGGAUCAAAUAAAAACCAUUUUUUGCCGCGUUUCUGAAGAAAAAAAAAUCGAGUCUUUAUGAAUUUAGUUGCAGAAGAAGCCGUAAAGCUGUGAAACAUUUUCCGAGGAAAACAUUUCUGCACGAUUUACGUCGCAGUGUCAACAGGUGAAGAUACCAUUGAACCACAACAAUUUGAAAAUGGCACCAAAGCGGGCAUUUUCAAUCGAAAACGGUGCAAGUUCAUCUCGAGAUGAACCAGAUGCAGCCAAACGACGCCGAACAGCUGAUCCAUACUGUUGGGUGUGCCAUCAGAAAGACACAAAUGUGUACUGCAAAACAUGCUUGCGGUCCUAUCAUUCACAGUGCGUGGGUCCAAAGUCGACCAAGGAAAUCCAAUGUGAAGUGUGCAUAAGAGAGGAUUUGGCCAAAAGCAACGACGCCAAAUGGCACGAGAAUUUGAAACGUUUGAAUGGUCUUUUGGAAUAUAUCAUGAAGCGGUUGCUUGAUAGUGACGAGUUCACAGUCUUGAGUAACAACUACUUUCAAACAAAGUUACCGGUCGAAUCAAGCAUUGUGAAUGCAUUCGACUUGAGCUACAUUCGAAACCGGGUGCAAAUCAGCGAAUAUGAAACGCCAUUGCAGUUUCUCAAUGACAUCAGAUGGAUCAAGCAUAACAUCAUUGCAUCAGGCAACCUUGCCGAAUUGGCGGUUGCAAAGCGGCUUGAACAGUUCUGCAAAAAGGAGGUGUACGACAUCGAAAUGUGUGUAGAUUGUUUUGCACGUUCGAAUAGUGAAGACCGUUCAUCUUGGUUCACACAGGUUUGUGAUCCACCCCAUUUAUUGGUAUGGGCACGUGAGAUUGGCCAUCGACCGUUCAAACCAGCCAAAGUGAUUGGUGUCAGCGGCAAAUCGCUCAAAAGUAAAAUUGAUGUACGAUUCUUCGGUGAUCAUGAUAUGGCUGAUGUUUCGCUCACCGACUGUUACCUCUUCUCCAAAGAGAAUCCAAACGGAAAAACCGAUGACAAGAAUAGAUUGGUUCUCAUCAGCAGUUUGGCGGAGGCUAAAAAAUACAUCGAAAAUAUUGAGAAGAAAUUUGAAUGCAAAUUUGUGGAGUAUAAAACAAAGACACCAUUUAAUUCCAGUCGAAUAGCCGAAUACUUGAAGGAUAUGGUGCCAAACGUACAAUUGGCGGCCGAUUAUCGGCUGAAAGUCAAGCCAAUUUACUUGAAUCCACCACAGCGACGUCGAGGUCCGCUUCGUUCUAAAUCGAAAGUAGCCUCUUCAAGCCCGGUUCCGCAGGUUUUCAACGGAACAUUGAUGGAAACUCGCGUUGUGCUUGAAAAUUGCGAUCACUUGGUGGAACGAUACAAAAGAAAGGAUGGCGUGGAUCGUUAUGAGACGAUUGAUGGAAAGGGACCUGACGAAGUGGUAACAGACCGAAAUUCAGAAGACGAAGAUCGUAAGCCGCCAAAUGGUGUUGAUCAAUCGAUGAACGAUGAAACAUCGAACCAGGUAUCUGAGACAGAAGAUGCCGUAAUCAUCAGCGAUGAUGAUGAUCCGUUCAUGACCACGCAUCAAGCUCAGAGCGAAUCUUUGGAGCAAAUUGAAGAUCAGGAAUGUGAUCAAGAUGCACUGCUAUCGACACUUGGUAAGCGUAAGCCUUUCAUUAUACGCGGUUCAUUCUGGCAUGAAAAUGCUACAAGAUUGGUCUCUCUGCAAAUAGAACCGCUGGACAUUUCUGAACAAUCGACUGAAGAUGACGAUAAAGCAACAGCAUCGAAUCACAGCGAAUUUGAUUUGAUGGCUCACAAUGAUGUUAUCGAAGAAAUCGUUGAAAAUAUCGUAGUUUCGGAUGCCUCCACCGAUGAAGAUAUUCCCGAAAAUGUUUUGGAACUUGUUCCGGAUAUUACGGAUACAGAUGAAGUGAAUGAACCGGCCGACAAUUCGAUUGAAAUCAACGAAGAUCUAACUAUCAGGAGCCAGUCGCUGGCCGACGAAUACGUUCCCGUUUCAGAUGAACAAGUGGCAACAUUGAUUGAAUCAAAAUCAAACAAUCAAGAAGAGGUGUUUAUGUCUAGCUUCGAUAAUGCUAUUGGAGCUGAAGAACUUGGCGAAAACAUAGAGCAAAUCGAAGAGACUGUAGCUCAAAAUGAUGUGUCCAAUCAUAGUCAAUCACACAGUUUUGUGGAAGAAUCACAAGAAAUGACACAAAAUGAAAACGAAACAGAACAAUCUGAUCAUGAAGCGGAACACACCGACCAUGAAAUGAUAUUGGAUAAGUCAAUCCAAACCUUGCCACCGUCAUGCAUGAAGAUUAAGCCAUCGGCCCAGUCAACUCCAUUUAAAUCGAUCGAUGAACCAACCCAAGUAGCUCCGAUCGAUCCAGUAAUCCAACCAGCUUUAAUCGAUCAACCAACUCAACCAGCUCCAAUCGAUCAACUGACCCAAUCAGCUAAGCUCGAUCAAUCGAUCGAAUCUACUCCAGUCGAUGAACCAUUCCAAUCGACUCAGAUCAAUCAAUCGAUUGAAUCGACUUCGAUCGAUGAACCUAUCCAAUCGACUUCGAUCGAUCAGCCAGUUCAAUUGACUCCAAUUGAUCCACCUGAAAAUAAUGAAAACGACAUGCAUGCGCGUCAAGAAAGCAAUGAAGGCGCUAAAAAAACAGAAAGUGAUGCAAUGUUAGAGCUUCGGUUGGAAUAUAAAAAGGUACUUGUGGCAUAUCAAGAUAUGGAAAAGCAGACCAACGAAGCGCUCCAAAUAGCUCAAUCUCAAAGCAAUAUUAUCACGAGACUAGAGGCUCAAGUGACAGGUCUGACGAAAGACCUAUCUUUCAAGCAAAAUGAACUGGCCAAAAUGAAAGUGGAUUAUGCAGCCGAAUUGCUAAAAGCAAUCGAGGAGACAAAGAAGAAGAUGUGGUGUCGAAGCUGCGGAAAUGAACUGGUCAAACCAUUUCAUGGAUUAUUGCAUGCAAUGGUGUGCAGUGCACAAUGUCUACAGAUGAUGUGGGCCAACGAAUGCCAAACCGGUGAGAAAACCUCGAUGAAUUCAACGGUGCAAUCAUCAGGCAAUGAG